AUGCAAAGCUGGAACUCACAGUCCUUUCUCUCCUCACACUUCACCAUGCUCCGAUACGCUUGCAAACGAGCCGUGCCGCGCCUGAACGCCGCCUCCGGCCUGAGAUUCCAGUCCUCCAAGCCCGCCGACGGGCCCGAAACCGUCUUCACCUCUCUCAAUGAGGAGAAUGACCCCAACCGAGACGCCUUCUUCAAGUACACUUGGGGAACCUGGCUCAAGAACAACGAGGCCGAGCGAGCCAAGCGAGAGACCCGGUUCUCGAUCGAGGGUCUUGCCGAGGUGAUCAAGUCGCUCCCCCAGUCUGGUAAGGCUCCCAUUGAGGCCGAGACCGAAAUCAAGGUCACCCAGCUGGCUUCGCUACACGAGGGCAAGCACCACCGAGUCUACCGAGUUGAUGUGGACGACGGCAAGCAGUACGUGCUGCGAAUCCCCUACGGUCUGGGCUCCGAGCUCUUCCGAAAGAAGCGAAUCCAGUCCGAGGUUGCCACCAUGGACUUUGUGCGAGAGAAGGUGGCCAACAACAAGUUCAUUGUGCCCGAGGUUUACAGCUGGAACGCUACUGUCGACAACCCUCUCGACACUCAGUACACCCUGAUGGACUACUUUGCUGGCCGAGACACUCUGAUGAAGCACUGGAACCCCGUGGCUCAGGAGAUGACCGAGCGAGCCGCCAAGAUCAAGCCCGUUGUUGAUAUCUACUCUGCGCUGCUGCAGCCCGAAUUCACCCGGUACGGAUCCCUGUACUUCACCGAGGACGUGUCUUCCAAGGACGCUUCUGUUCUGGCCUACAAGGGUGCUGAGAACGACAAGAAGGAGCUUGCUGACCGAUGGAGAAUUGGACCCACCACCGAGUCUCGAUUCUGGAAGAACUCCUUGCCCGAGGACUCGCCCCUGCGAGGCCCCUGGGAGACUGCCGAGGAGUACAUUGAGGCCACUGCUGCCAUCAACCUGCACAACCUGGCUGAGCUUGCCAAGAACGGCGACCGAAACCCCGCCGUGGUUGCUGCUGCCACCGCCACUUACGAGAAGUACCAGCAGCUUGCCUCCCAGCUUCUCCUGCGACCCGAGGUUGAGAAUGACAACCUGUUUUCUGCCCGAAUGGGCUUUGGUGACCUGCACCCUAUCAACGUGCUUGUUGAAGGCCAGAAGGAUAUUGCCGAGUCUUCUCUUGCUCUGGUCGACUUUGAGAACACUUCCAUUAAGCCCGCUCUGUUGAUCGGAACUCCCGACUAUGUGCGAUACGGAGGCCUCAAGCUGUUCAAGACCGAGGACAUUCCCAACUACGACCAGCUCAGCGACCAGGAGAAGGCACAGGUCAACUACAUGAUUGCCCAGACCCAGAACGCCUUCACUUUUGAGUUCCUGCUCAACAACGAGGCUCCUGAGUUCAUCAACUCCUUCUCUCCUCGAGUCAAGCGGCUGUCAGAGCCUGUUAGACUCGCCCUCAACCCUCUGUAUCUCGAGGACCACCUUGAUCUGUCGGAGGAGAUGAUCAAGCUGCAGCAGGAUUGGACCCCCAUCAUGGGUAUGGAGCGAGAGUUCCCUGUCCACUGGACCAACGAGGAGUAUGAGAAGCAGGCCAAGGACUUUGCCGAGUGGAACCAGAAGGCCAUGUCCACUCCCUUCUUCCAGACCAAGGGCUGGGUUCCUCAGGACAUGUUUGAGCAGCUGUUUGGAAACGGUCUGCUGGACAAGACCGAGAGCGGAGACUAUGUCUACGUUCCUCCCAAAAAGGAGUAA